AUGCUCUGGUUUGCGGGAUAUGUUCAAGCUUUUCUAGUCCUCUUAAGAUUUAUUCUGAAUCUUUUGAAUUUUAUCCCAGCCGCCGCCUGUCUUUACUAUUCGACCCCAAUCGAGCAUUGUAGAGUAAACAAUACGUCGCACAAUAUUCUGGGUCAACAAAAACUCAGCAAUGCUGUGAAUGCGAUAGGAACGCUCGUGGAGGACGGAAAUUCACUUCUGCUAAUAACGGCUAUCUUUUCCUGGAAGAUCUUCAACGUCAAAGAGUUCUUCUGCGCGGUCCUUCGAGUAGGACAUUUCUGGGUUUGGUGCCUGUUUUGCGUUUCCAACGCUUUGUCCAUUCUCUACGUGGAUAUCGUCCAUGGAAAGGAUCACACUGGAAAAGUAAACGUCCAAGCAGUGGCUCUGAUAUCAGAAAUGUUGCUUCUUACGAUACUUGCCAGCGCCGUUAACUUCAUUGCCCAUGACACCUACAUAAACUGGGUUGAAAAUCGCUUCCAUGGCCAGUUCAACACCCAACGCCUGUUUAAACCUCUCUGUCGCCUAGUUCUGAGCGCGUACUUUGUUCGCAAUCUUGGUUUCUUUCUCUAUGACACAGCGCUGGUUUCCUUAAGUAUUUCGCUGGUUAAAGGAGGAACUGUGCAAGGCUCGCGCGACUGGGAUAGCUUGCUCCUGUUGCUUAGCGCGGCAUUUCGGGCAAGUUUAACCAAAUUCUUCUUUGAAAAGAUGUUUCAAGGACAACAACUACCCACGGUAAGAUAAAGGUCAUUAAAAGUUAAUCUGGCUUUACAAGAUUAUAACAUCUCUUCAUUAAAAAGGGUAACAGAGGAAAUCAGUCUACUGGACGAAUUUUUACCUUAACCCCUCCACGUACGGGGAGAAUUAAGUCUAUUAAAAUAUGAUAUUCUCUGUGCAAGUAACUGCGAUAGAACAUUAACAGUAAUUUCAUUCAAAUACAGUUGACUCCCGAUAACUCGAACCCUCGCUAACUCGAACCUGUCGAACCUCGCGCGCGCUAACUCGAACCAAAAUCGAUUUCCCCUGAAUUUCUGUCAUACAUUUACUGUAUUUUACCCUCGGUAACUCGAACCUCCCGCCAACUCGAAGCAGUUUUUGUUUCCCCUCAGAUCACUUCUAUAUAAUUUUUCCCUCUGUAACUGGAACCGUGUUUUGAGCCCUUAAAAAGUCGGGGAAAAAACAGUCUAUUCUAUUGAAUUUUGAAUUUCCAAUUGUCGUAUUGUAGGCAUAUAGUUUAUCAGUGGAGGUUGGUGUUGUUUGGCACAAAUCUAACGUUAAACAGCUUUACUUUUCAAAACAGCAAAAACGCAUGCUCUAUUUAGGCUAUUUUUUGUUACGUUACGUUCUGAUUUAUAAUCUAGAAGUACCUUUUAAUUUUCACUUGACAUUUCUACAAUUAAAUGUGUUUAAAAUAUUUGCUGUGACUGCGCAGUUUUCCUUCCUCCCGGCUAUUUUCUUCGAGCUUCCGAUAACUCGAACUUUUUUCGAUUUCCCUUGAAGGUUCGAGUUAUCGGAAGUCGACUGUAUUACUUUAUAAACUAAGUUGGUUGGCAAGUUUCAAAGGCGGGCGCAUUACCUGCUCACUCACAGAGAGGAAAUAUCAUUUUCUCGCGAAGUAAGGGGCGGAAGACCAGAGCGUAGCGAGGUUUACACAUUAGGCGGGAUUCUCGAAGUCUCGCAGCCGUCUCUGUCUCGUCACGAGACAAAAUCGGCUACGAGGGAGACUAGGAUUCUCGUCACGCGUGGAUCGAUUAGGGCAGUGGAAUCUUGAAAUUUGUUGCCUGGAAGCUAGAUUAAUGGUUACUCAGUAGGACAGAAAAUUGUCAAUGCUUUUAUUCUCGACAGGUAUGCGAAAAGGAAGAGGACACGAGGACUUUAUUGGGAGACAUACAAAGCAGGCAACUGGGAGGAUACCAAUUUCUUGAAGCCUCAACAGAAAGAAGUUUGACCUGA